UGAUAUUUAGGGAGAAGUUGCUCAUGCUUUCAGAUUUGUUCCAUGAUAUAAAUGUAUAAAUAAUGCCGUGUAAAGAUAAACACGCUACGAAGUCGUGUGGAUGCCAAGAAACCCCAAAACGUCCGAAUCAACUUAAUUAUUAUAAAUACUAUGAUACUCCGGACGGAUGCGAUGUUUUUAAAAAGGUUCUCGUUACAUCACGGUAUGGGGCAAUGGCAGGCCUUAUAAUGUCCACUUAUGAUGUACUAAUGUAUUCACAUGCUAUUGGUUUUGGGCCAAUAAUGAGACGUUACGCCUAUCACACGAUACCACUGACGCUGAUGGGUGCCACUUUUGCUGGAGUGACCAAUACUGUUCUGCGUAUGCGUGAGAAGGAUGAUUUGCUGAACUACUUCAUAGGCGGUUUUGCAUGUGGGCCAAUUCUUAGGUUCUACUUAGGCACAAACCACGCUGUCUUACUGGGCGGCCUUGCCUUGGGAAUAAUAGCCAUGGUCAAGAAGGACUCCGUAGAUUCUGGCUACGAACUGUUACCUACAGCUCCGCCGUCGCAUAUGCGAAGUGUGGGCAAAUGGAGGGCGGAUUAUACUUUAGUACCAGAUCCAAAAGAUAAAUUAAUACACACAUGCGGCGUAACCAAAUGAAUAUUUUGUUUCGAUUAAAACCGAUUAAACUAUAUUAUAAAGAUAUUAUGUUUAAAUUGGCAAAUAAAUAAUAUUAAUUUAACUC